AUGGUUUUACAUUGCUGCCCUACAACUUUCAGUAAGACCAAGAGGGAGAAAAAACGUCAAAUUCGCCAAGAGAUGCAUAUAAGCAUGCAGUGGAUUCUCCCGUCAGAACUUACUUUAGAAAUACUUUCUCGCUUACCCACUGAUUCAGUCGUGCAAUGUAGAAAGGUGUGUAGAGCAUGGAGAGACAUACUUCGUCAUCCUUCCUUUACUAAUAUCCACUUGCAACGAUUAGCACAGCAUAAUGGUAACAGUUUGUCAGGUCUUUCUUCUCAUAAUGCUACGGUUGGGUUACUUUUGAGCAUUAUAUUUACACAGGAAAAUAGUAACAAUACUUACUGUGGAGAGUAUCAGAACCAGCCUUCCUUUGUUAGUAAGUCAAUAGUUGGUUCAUGUAACGGGUUGAUUUGCUUUUCUGAGACUAGUCAUUUUGGUGUCCAUGAACCUAGCUAUAUUUCUAACCCUAUCACUGGAGAUUACGCAAAUUUUCCAAGGCUAAAUGUUAAAAGCGAGAGUGACAGUGAAUUCGAGGCUAUGGUGUGUGGUUUUGGUUACCAUCCUUCUACUAACAAGUAUAAAAUCGUGAACAUUUGCUAUAUCCAAAACCAACCUUUAGGGCGAGUCAAGGUAUACACCCUAGGCAGUGGCAGUGGUUGGAGAGACAUAGCAGAAACCUCUUACUCAUUGCGACCUACAAGAGACUCUUUUCGGGGUAUUUCUAGUUAUCGAUCCCCAUUUGGUACAUUGGCAAAUGGAGCACUUCAUUGGAUUGACAAGGAAUACAAUAUUGUGUCCUUUGAUUUGGCUAAGGAGAACCUAUACUUGCUCCGAACACCACCUAGGGACGGCCGGGUUAUAAGUGUGUGGGACAGUUUUAAACUUGUGGUACUGGGUGGAUGCUUGUGUUUUGUUCAUGCAAAGCAAGGUGACUUAUUAGACAUAUGGCUAUUAGUUAAGAAAGGGGAAAACAGUGGAUUUAACGUGAAUGAGCAGGAUGAUUACGAGUCGUUGUUCUGGAUUAAGGAGUUCAGCAUACCAAUUGGACGUGAUGCAGUCCCGUGUGCCCUUACAAAUAGUGGUGAAGUUCUACUUCACUACAAUUCUAGUCUCUUUUGUUAUGAUCCAGAAACUGCAGCCUUGGAAAGGCUUACAGAUAAGGAAAUUCUCAUGUAUUUCCUCACAAAUCCAGAGCAAAGAGAGAUCUUCGUAGGAAUACGGAUGGAGGAUAACGGAGAGAUUGAUGCAUAA